AUGGUAACUCAUGCCCAAGCAUGGGACAGCACCAGGGAGAGACGCAUCAGUUACCUCGCCUGGCCGAAAGUCAAUCACCAGAUCAUCUGCAACAGGAUUUCAGUAUACUGGACGGAUAAAUUGCCUUCGAAGACUCACAGGUUCACAGUCCCGGUCUUAACGCCACGACAGGCAGAACUUUCUCGAUCCAAAAAGAUCUACCAAGGAUUUGAAGAAAACAGGUCCUUCCCCAUAUGGCCAGUGAGUGCUGCCUCCAAACAUGCUGUGGCGUCCCCCCGGGUGAAGGAGCUGGCGCAUCCGAAACUCGUCAACAGUGCCUGGGAAGCUGAUCGUCCUGUCUACACCAGAGUGAGCAAAGGAGCCAUGACUGCUGCUGCCCGGGAACGAACCACCCAUCUGGCUAAACCAAAGAAACGGGACUUCUCAGCCAAGCUGGACGCCCCAUCCACGCCUCCACGAAGCAUCACACAAUUCACCAGGACUGAAUACUUAGCCCGGCCGAAAACAGAACAUCCGUCGUAUCUCCAUGACAAACCGGUCCGGUGGGCCGUGUCUGCGGGUGUCAGGAAUGCUGUCCUGUCCGCUAGGCUCUCUGAGCUCGCCCGACCCAAGGUCCGCAAACAGAUCUAUGAGGGCUACAACCCGUACCGGAUCUCCAGUGCUGCCCUGCACGCAGAGGCGAGUCCCCGUCUGCAGGAACUUAGUAUACCUCAAAGAGUAAGAAAAAAGAGGUAG